GAACAAUUCAUCUGAAAGAAGCACAGAUUUUCUCAUCUAUCCUGUCAACAAAGAAGGAAUCAAGAGAGCAAGGACAGUGAUUUCCCCUGCAUUGCAUUUGUCUUGAAGAUCAGUCAGAAAGAGAAACUCGGCAUCAUCUGUGACAGACAGUGGAACGAAAAAUGCCAGUGAACAUGAAGUCCAUUUGAAUGACGUAAUUCAAAGUACACAUAACUCGAAUAUUAUUAUUGGUUAGAGAAGAAAAAGAUCACAAUGCUAUUGUCAAGGUUAGAUGCUGUUUCUACAGGUCACCAACUGCGGAAACAAUGACAUGGUCUGAAAAUAUGGACACACUUUUAGCCAACCAAGCUGGUCUAGAUGCUUUUCGAACAUUUCUAAAAUCAGAGUUUAGUGAAGAAAAUGUUGAGUUCUGGCUUGCCUGUGAAGACUUUAAGAAAACGAAAAAUGCAGAAAAAAUUGCUUCCAAAGCCAAGAUGAUUUAUUCUGAAUUCAUUGAAGCUGAUGCACCUAAAGAGAUUAACAUUGACUUCAGUACCAGAGACCUCAUCUCAAAGAACAUUGCUGAACCAACACUCAAAUGCUUUGAUGAGGCUCAGAAAUUAAUCUAUUGUCUCAUGGCCAAGGAUUCUUUCCCUCGAUUUCUAAAGUCAGAGAUUUAUAAAAAACUGGUAAAUAGCCAACAGGUUCCAAAUCAUAAAAAAUGGCUCCCUUUUUUGUGAGGAAGGUCAAAGUUAACUAAUUAAUCACUAUACUUCAGGGCUACAAUAUUUUAAAUAUACAAGCACGAUGCGUUGUCUUUUGUUUUGUUUUUAGGAUUUAGAAAACAUCUUUUAUCCAAACAGAUGAAUAACGUUUUAUACAUCAAGCCUGAAUUUCUAACUCAGUUGUUUAGAAUGUAUUUGCUUUACCAGCUAUUUAAUCUCCUACUGGGGGAGUACAAAGAAAGUUUAUAGAGAUACAAUAUAGUCUUAAACCAAAACUGAAUAUUCUUAUUACAUUAUAAUGUAAGGAAUUAUACAUAUCUUCACAUGGCAGAAUGAAUGACUUUUGAGCAUCAUAUACACAAUUUUAAAUACCAUUGCUUUAUUCAAAAAAAUCUCACUUUUGUAAAAAGAGAAUUUCUGAACCAAAAUACAAGCCUUCAUUUAAUAUAUUUAACUGUUUUUCUUCUACCGUUUCUUUCCAACUAUUUCUAAUAAUGUGGUUAUGAAAACUGCUACACCUCUCAAAUUAUUUUUUUUUAAAGUCACAGGAAUGUAUAUGCAUUUAUAUGUAUGUCUUGAAUGCACCAUGGACCAAAGUUUUUCAAAAUAUAUCACUUGGCUCAAUUCAAUGGCAUCACAUAUGAAAUGUGAUGAGUUAUGUAUGAAAAGGCCUCAAGGGUGGGGAAUACUGAUUUUCUUAUAUUAACAGAAAUAUAAAAGAAAGUGGAAGACUAAGGAGCAUGGAUAAAUCCUUAUAAGAUGAAGUAUAUAGCAAGUCAUAAAAUUUAAAAAUUUGCAAGAUUAUCUACUCAAUUGUGGGGAAGUAUCUAUUCACUCCUUCAGCACUGAUACUUGUUUAUAAAACCCAAACAAUUUUUAAAUGCAUUUAUUUUGAGAUGUCCCUAAAGUUGUUUCAUUCUAUAUGUAAAUAUCUUGUGAUAAAUACGAAUAAUUUCAUUUCAAUAUGAGAAGCUGUAAAGAUUCAACAGAUCUCCCACGUUUCCAUUUUCUUUGCACAGAUUUAUUUAUCUGUAUUGAUAUUUCUACUUUUAGAUUGUUUGAACAUUAAAAAAUGGAGGAAAAAUAGCAUGGCUUAUUUUAUGUUUUCACAAACUACUCAUUUGAUAGACAAAAUUUUGUCUUCCCUUCGUCAUGAGAAAUAAACAUUUAAACAUAUGCAAAUGGAAUAUUCCCCGUACAUUUGCAAAUUCUUUAAAAGAAGACAUAAAUAGAAAUUGGUUGUGAAGCAUUCAAUGUGCCUUAAGGUGCACUUAGUGGAAAAUAGCUACACUUUUUAACAUUUAUUCUAGAGAUUCCAACCUUAAUUCACCUCUAUUUAAAUGGGAAACUUCAAAAUUAUUCUCGGAGAAAAAAUUGACUUUUGAAGAUAAAAGGAACCUUAGAAAUUAAAAUCACAUUCCCACUUUUAGAUAUGAAAAGAAAAAAAUCUCAGAAAAAAAAGCACUGCUCUGACCAGUGCUUUUCCCACGUGGGCUCCCUGCUCUGACAGAACAGUGUAGUCCCCUCUCCAAUUUAGAACUGUUCUGAGGUCUGGAAUCUAAAUUCCAACUAAUCCUCAAAUGCCCAGACAUGAUCCCUUUCAUCAGGUAUUUCAAUUUUCUCUUUCCAGUCAGUUUGCAACUUCUUUCUCGUUACCACAGAGUAAGACUUUAUGUUUAAUGAUUGCCUCUCAAGUUUUCUCUAAUGAUGUGAAAGAAGACACAAAUCAAACUUUCACUACCUAGAAACAGUAGGUGCUUGAUAGUACCUAAAAAAAUAUGGCUGGUGUCAAAAUGGUUUGUUGAAAAUUGGAUGUUAAAUGACCUCUAAUAGAAUCCCAGCCAAAGACCCUCAAUAACAAUAUUUACCUCCUCAACUCACUCCCACCCUAAGUGACAAUUCUAGGUAUUCUGAUUAAAUAAAAGAAAAGAAAAAAAUUGCAGGUUUUUGAAUACUUAUCAGUCAGGAUUUUUAAUAAAAUAUCAGAUGUACAUCUUACACACGUGGUCUCUUUCAUGCCAUAUGUUAUUUUAUUUCAUCAGUUAUCAUCGAUGAGUAAUUUUAUGGAUGAAAUUUUAAGUAAAAAAAAUUAAUUUGCAAGAAAUGAAUAACAAUAUUAACAUUCCUGAAAAUGUAUUUAAAUAUUCAAUGAUUGUUUAAUGCCAUUUCCUAAAAAUGUUUCCAUCAACUUUAAGAAAUGAGGUGCUAACAUUAAAAACUAAGGUAAGCAGUAAAACAUUAAUACAAUUACAAGAUAUUUAAAUAGAAAUGACCUUCAAAUUGUAAGAUUUUUCCAAGCACAGUGCUUUCCACUUUCUUAUAGUUUCCACAGAAUGUGUUUUAAUGAAAUUUCUGCUUGCCCUCCACUAGUCAGACCUAAGGAAGUAAAAUGGUAUAUUUCUAAGUUAAUCUUACCUUUUUAACAAUGAAUUAUGGAGCUAUAAUCCAUGAAUUUAUCUAAAAUCCUUUUGAAUUUAUUUGUAUUUCAAGUAUUAAUAAUUCCAUCCAUAAUGAUUCUUUUAAGUUUAUAUGUAGUUUCUUAUAUUUGCCUAGAAAGGAUCUAUUUCUGCCUCAAGAUAUAAUCAAAUUUUUUUCUAAUACUAUAUUGUAAAAAUCUAAAAUCUUUAGGGCAUUACAAACAUAAUCUCAUCUCCAACUUUGCCUUCCCAAAUUUGCUUUUAUUUCUUGGGUUUUUCUUCAGUCUGUCUAUAUGUAGAAUUCAUUCUACCCACUUUCAUUGUUUUAGUUACUUUGCUCUACAGUUUUUAAAAUUCUGUGUGGUGUAGCAACUAUGUGUACUCAGGAUAUUGUUGAUGAAAACACAUAUUGAUAUAAUAAAA